AUGCCUCCCCAUGUUAUUGUAAAACUGCCCAACCUUUCGCCUACCAUGGAGACGGGAACUGUUGUUAGCUGGGCAAAGAACGAAGGCGACCAGGUAAGCAUGGUUUACUGAGUUUCAUAGCUCUUAGGUUGGCGAGGGUGACCUGCUCGCCGAAAUCGAAACUGAUAAAGCGACCAUGUCUCUAGAUGCGAACGAUGAA